CGAGGAGGUUUUCAGACUUUUCCUGUUGGCUGUUGAGAAGUCGUGUGCAGAGCAGAGGCCCCAGACCACCUGCCAGGAUGUGUAAGGGGCUCGCAGCGCUGCCCCAUUCCUGUCUGGAGAGGGCCAAGGAGAUCAAGAUCAAGUUGGGCACACUCCUGCAGAAGCCCGACUCGGCUGUUGACCUCAUCAUCCCAUACAAUGAGAAGGUGCAGAAGCCAGCCAAGCCCCAGAAGCCCUCGCGGGACGAGGCUCUGCAGUGGCGUGACUCGCUGGACAAGCUCCUGCAGAAUGACCAUGCCCUUGCCAGUUUCAAAAGUUUCCUGCGGUCUGAGUUCAGUGAAGAGAACCUUGAGUUCUGGCUGGCCUGUGAGGACUACAAGAAGAUCCAGUCACCUGUGGAGAUGGCGGAGAGGGCAAAGCAAAUCUACAAGGAAUUCAUCCAAACCGAGGCUCCUAAGGAGGUGAACAUCGACCACUUCACCAAGGACCUCACGGUGAAGAACCUGGUGGAGCCUUCCCUGAGCAGCUUUGACUCUGCCCAGAAGAAAGUCCAUGCCCUGAUGGAGAAGGAUUCACUGCCUCGCUUCCUGCGCUCCGAGUUCUAUCAGGAGCUGGUCAAGUAGUGGCCUGGUCCUGAGCCAUGCCCUCCACCAUAGCCGGCCCUUUGCACAUCCACCUACCCUCCAAGGCUUUGCUCACGGUGCGUAGCGAGGGCCAAGGGCUGCUCACCCUGGCCCACUGCUUUGGAGGGGCUCUGCCUCUGCUCCAUUCUUAAUCAAGCUCUGCCUGAUUUCUGUUAGCCCCAGUCAGAAUCAGAUGGUCCUGCCUCAGACAUAUGUGCAAGACAAGAACAGGGUGUCAUCAAGUGUGGCUGAGAUAGCAGAUGGCCACCGGCACCGGCUGAGGAGUGUGGAAGGGAAGCCGGUUUCCAGGGACCUUUUUUAGUUACCCCUUUUUCAUUCCUGAAUUUGGUCAGAAGAGGUGGUAAGAGUCUUAUUGAUGUUUAAUUCUAAAGUGAAUUUAAAAUUCUGCUCUUUCCCUUCAAGCAUCUUCAUAUUUGCUGGAUAGUGUUGAGAUACAACCACAAAUACUGUGUUUGUAUAAAACCAAUCCAAAUAUGAUUCAGGCUAAUUCUGUCCUUAUCCCUCCCUCACUUCCUCCCUAUAAUUCACCAAAUUAUAUUUUAAAUCAAUGACCUCAGAUCAACAAUGGGCUGUUUUAUAAAUGUAUUCAUGUUCAUGGGAUGUAGACCAAAAUUUUUAUUUCCAAAUUAUUUGAAAUCCUUGUGAGGGUACAAUUAAUUCCAAAAAUUCUCUGAUCUUAUAAAGCUUCUGCUGUUCCCUGGAGUGACUGCCUUCUAGGUGUCAGGAGGGCGUGCACUUCCAAGGGUAGACAUGGCCUGCAGUGGUUGCCAGGCAGGCAUAUCCCUGUCGGUGAAGGCUGACUGUCUGGCAGGCUCAUCAUCCUUGGAGGGCAGUGUGGUUGCCACUGCAGGCUUCCAAGGAGAGGCAGUUCCAAGGGACCCUGCAGUUUGCAAUUUGCAAAGCUACCAGCCCUUCAUGACCCCACCCUGUCCUGCCUCCUGCCUGAGUGGCGGCUACCUUGGAGGCUGAGGCUCACUCCCCACCUGCCUCCUGCACAGCUAAGGCAUAGGCCACGCUGUAUCGUGGACCUGAACUUCUGAUUAUACAUUGCAUUAUCAUAAACGUUGUUAGACUUUUCCUGAACUGUAGUAGGUCUCAUUAGAGAUGAUUCACAUAAUUUGGUAAUAAGCAAAAUCAAGCUGAACCAUGUAUAUGAGAUCAAGGAGGACACCGGGCUAGUUCACAGAGGGAGGUGAUGAGGGGAAUCCAGGGGAAGGUGACCCUGUCCAGUCCUACAUUCACUCCUGCCCAUGUGCAUGCUCCUUUCUCAUGGGUGCAGCUCCUGCUUGUAAUCCCCUAGGAAUGUCCGGAGAGCAGCAGCUGUGCUACUGUUCUUCGGGCCAAUCCAAGUGUGCUGGCCUUUGUGUUUUUGUGAUUUCAAGGGAUAAUGUGUUUGAAUUCUUGACUGGAAGUGGGUUGGAGUGACUGAGUUGGCACCACAUCUGCAGGGGGAUGGACUUGUGCAGCCCAGGUGAAAGUCCCUGUGUCAGUUGAGGGCAGUCAGGGACCAGGCUGUGUGUGUGAGUCCAGCUGUGCAUCUGUGUGGGUUCACAGGAGCUGAGACAGGAAUGCCAGGGCAUGCUGGCACCCUCUUCCCCAGCACCUGACUGCUCUGCUUUGAGUCAGGGAAAUGCCAACACCUGCCUUUCUCAUGCAGCUAGAAAUGUUGCAACCAAAAAAUCUAGGUGACUUGUGUUUUUCUUGAAUGCCAAACAUUUUUAAGAAAAAAAUAAUUAAAAAUUUAAAUGUCUUAUCCACAUUAUUUUAAAUACCAAGCAUUUGAAAACACCCAGAGAUUGAAGUGGACAUUACAGAUUCCACCCAGAGGUCUGCUGAUGGCAGAUUGCAGCUGGUGCUUCUCAAGCCAGUGCAGACCUGUGGCAGAUGUAGGGGAGGAGGAGGCAAAGCGCAGGAAGGGCCCCAGUGGUACCUUGCUGGGAUGUGGCCAGGCAUGCUCUGCUUACCUACAGGUAGCUGUACAUUCAGAGCUGAAUACACAGGUCGUAUCAGAAACUCUUCCAGCAUACAAGUAGUGCAAGGAACGUAAAUAUUCCAGCCUGAAAUGAGAAACCCAAUGUAUUAAAACUGCCCUAGAAAAAAUUCUGAAAGGUUUGGAAAGUAUUUUGA